AUGAAUUCGUUCAUUACUACUUUAUCCGGCUUUCUUGUAAUCUAUGCAAUAGUAGUAACAACUGUCUAUUGUGUUGAUGUUAGAGGAACGGAUCUAGCAAAAGAUGAAAUAAUUGCAUUAACACGUGAUCAUUUUGGACGACCUGAUCCAGAUGGUUUACUAAAUGGUUUUUUUCCUGUUUGGGCUGUUAUUCAAUUUUGUCUUUCAGGUUUCUUUCUUGUUAUUGCUCUAAUUAGUGGUAUGUGCUAUAUAUUGGGUUGCAGACCACCAUCAGAAGAACAUAAAUAG